GUUCUUAACUGGAAGCCCAAGAGAUUCCCACUAUCUCUGUGACCAUGCGACUGAUCUGUUGAGGCGUGGGUUUUGCUUAAGCCCUCGUUUCUUGCGUCCGCGGGGUUUGGGGCAAGCGACGGAAGAAAAUGGAUUCGGAAUCCGAGAAGAAGAGCAGAAUCGUUCAAGCAUCGUCUCUGUUGAAUGCCCCUUCUAUUAAAAGCAUGAAAGCUCUUUCUAUUUCCGGGAAUAUCUCUUUGCCAGCUGCAAAAAAAGCCAAAGUAGCAACACCGGUUAAUAGUUCAGCACCGCCAGCUGCCCAGGCUAGCAGAGUCGAUCUCCAGAUUCAACAAGCUAAGAAACAUGCAGUAUCGCAAGCGCAACAAGAAAGGAGUACCGGAAGUUUCAGAAUAUUUGAUUCCCCGUUUGGCAACUUUCUUGUGCCUGUGGUUCCAACUCGAGCAGAGCUAGCUGGAUAACUGUGUUGUGCCUGUAAAUGUAUCUGCAUCUUUCCUUUUUCUGUAUGUUACUGGCCUUUAAUUGGAGGCUGGAUUUGCUCUUGCAAGCAUUGUAUCAUUUGUUUCAAUAUUUUUUGACAGGAAAUAAAAAUAUAGUUUGAAGAAAA